AACACAUCUGAUUCGAUCGAUCACUUUUACCCUUCAAAGAGUUUUACAAUGACGAACUGUACUAGCAUUCAUACACUGCGUGAGUGAAGUCUCUGAGGGAGGAAAGAAAAAGUCAACCCAACCAGACUCAAAAAUCUAGAACAAGCCUUUGUGGAAGUCCCUCCCUUGAAUUUCAGCGAGGUAGAGUUGCUAUAUGCUCGGACGUCAGAGGGACGAUGGUGGAGGGCUGGUAAAGAUGGCGGCGCUCUCCGAGGAUGGGAGGUAUGGACUGAAUUAUGGCCGACGGAAUGCAGACCGAGUCACCGUAUUGCACGUAAAAUUGACAGAGACAGCUUUCAGAGCAAUAGAGAGCCACCAAACCGCUAAGGUAAGUUGAAUUAAUAUAUGUCUUAUACUUUAUGUUAUACGACGCUAUCAAAACUGGUGAACAAACUGCCACGCACAGCCAGUUUGAGCUAACGUUAGCUGUCUAUAGCUAACUUUACAAUAUCCCCGGCCAAGUCAAUUUUCUUCUACUCAAGCGAACACUUCAAAUAUGAGACUGAUCACAUUGUUUGGUGAAAUAGAUGAAUAUUUGGAUGACACUUUCGCGUGACAUCUUUCGCUAAUGAUAAUUUACCGUAUGUUCAGGAGGAUUGACACUGCAGUAAGUAUUGGGGCGUUUGGAGAUGUUAGGAAAAGAGUUUAACAUUACACGUUUAGCUAGCUAACGUAGUUAGCUGGGGGCUAUAAGUGACAAACGUCCUAGCUAUAAAGAAGUUAGCAGAUGUAAACGGCAUGUCUGACAAUAGUCUAAAGUUAGACAGCCAAUCUAGCUGAGAAGGCAAUUCUUCUCGAAUGACGUUAUCGUUACCUGGCAAGCUGGCUAGCUACUAACAAAGGUAGCUAGCCAGAUACAUUAAAGUGACAGAUUACUAAAAUUACAAAAUAAAUUGGCUAAUGUUGAAAGUAGUCAGAUACAGUUGUCAACAGUUUGUGUUUACUUAGACACUGUCACCGGCUGCUACCAUUAUAGGGAGGUAUAACCAGUUUUCAAUAUUUCUAAAAAAAAAUAUAACUUACAUAUUCACACCACCAUGGUCGAUCUAUUUUCUUACAUGUGUAUUUGACCACUUAUAUUAAAUAAUCUCCCCCAAAAAUCACCUUUAUUCAAAAAUGAUAAAAUGCACUCCAUUGGCAUUGUCACUUCCUUUUAUCCACAUCAAAAUGUUGGUUUUAUACCCCCCAAAAAAUUUGAUUGGCAGUAGGUUACACCAUAUUAUAACAUAUUGUUUUGGCUAUAGACCUAUCCAGUUGCUCUAGCGUUCCACACUAAAAGUUCGUCAAUUUGUCAUGGCACGUUAUGUUCAUGACUAAACUCUUGAUUUAAAUGUGAAUGUUACAUUCUCUAGCUAUCUCCCCAGGCGAGUAACUUUACGACCAAUUUUGCCAAUCUUUGUAAGCAUACAGUCAAGUAGCCUAGGAUAUGUUAUAGGUUGACUGCGAUUUGUUAUGAAGACGUUAUAGCUAGGCCUAUUUAAAUUGAUCGGAGUAUUUGCUGUUUUCCUCAAAUUACUAUUCACUCGAUGAGUACUACUGGGGUUCUCUCCUUUUACUUCUAAUCUGGUGUUCUCUCUUAAAGCUACAGUACUGUAAAGCCGGGUGUACUCUACACGAUUUUCAAAAUCCUAACAUCGCUGAGCCGCUGAACAGGGUCAUGGCUAGAUGGGAUCCAGUUUCUGUCAAAUUAGCGUCAAGUUAUUUUUUUGUGCAUUUUAGCUUACCCUAACCCUUUUUCUAACCUUAACCUAAUUAUCCUAACCUGUUACGUUAAUUAUCCUAACAUGUUGCGUAAAUAAUUAUAACCUGCUAUGAAAAGUCAAAUCUGACGUUAAUUUGACAAAAGCUAGAUUCGUUCUAGCCAUGACACUCUAACAGUCAAUCUGACUGUCUUUCCUUUUUUCGUUUUACCAACCUAGUGGUUGGUGCGCACACUAAACGAUGUGGCAUAGUACAGGGGUCACACACUAUAAGAUUCUUAACUUGGUCGUUAGGAUUGUCUAUACCACGCUGUCUCGCGAAAACAAGUAUGUGAUACAGUGAUGAUUAGAUUAGCUAGAACGAGCUGUGGCUCAAAGCAGUCUCAAACGUUUUCAGUCAGGCACUCACGUUUGCCAUACAGAGCUGAAAUAUCUAGCCAAUAGCCUACAUUUUGAAUUGAAUCAUAUUGCUUGUGAACUUCAGAGCUGUAACGAUUAGGCUUUGUAAAAAAAAACAGACUCCUGCCACAUUCAGGGUGAUGCGAUACCUUAGAAUUAGGAAUAAUAGUAAUUGAAUAGGAUUUCUAUGUGCGAUACAUCAUCUCACUGGCUUCUUCUCUGGCGAGCUUUCAUUGGCAAUUGCUGAUCACCCUUCUGAAAACGUGUUAUUGCACAUCUCACACUACAAGAGAAUUGCAGAUUUUGUGCUGAUAAAAAUUGUUGUAGCAGAGGCCUAUCAUAUCUGCCUCUGGUCAUUGUGGACCCAUACAGAUGCUGUUACGGAACCAACCUGUAGGCACCAAAUAAAGCUAACGUGUUAAUCCGAUGGCCUACAACCUGUAUAAUAUGGAUGCACUUCAACAGAGAUGCACUAAACGGGGCCCUGUGAUCAACCGAGGCCAGGAGCCCUGGGAAGUUCAAUGGACUGUCAACAACAGUUACAUAAUUCCAGCAACAAGCUAGUCAGACUCGGUGUAGCAUAUGUUCAGGGCCUAGUUAAUUAUUAUUUUUUAAAUCCAGAUCAAAAUUAUUUAAUUUGAAAUUGAGAAACUGGCGCAGUUACAAGCCUGCUAGAGAUAGCGGCAGGCGGAUGAGAAAUAUCCACCGUCGUAGUAUGGAUGAAGCCUGAGCUGGAAUGGGGAGCUAACUAAAGCUGGCUAGCUUUAGAAAGCCCUGAGUAGAUCUAGCUUGUUUCGUAGUUAGCAUACCCCUCUAGAGUAGGCUAAUUCAAGUCUGUGGUGGAAAGGGUGUCAGUAGGUGCUAUGGGAAGGAACACCGCCUUGGUGAAUAGGCGCUUAGAACAAGCUGACAAGCCAAUCAAAGUUAGACAAUUAAGGGGAUAGCAUCACUAUCUGACUGAUACAGAACAGGACACAAAAAUACAUGAUAGCCCUAGCAGACAUCACACAAGUGUUUGUAUUGCCUAUUUUUUAUAUCUAUAUGGUUUCUGACUAGACCUACUUGCUGCAAGGUAUAUUGCCGUAGGGGGAUAAUGAAACAUCUAUACUAAAAUCUACUCCAAGUCCUAGUAGUUAGCCUAAGGCCUAAAUUCUGAUGACCCAACAACCUUAUUGGAAGUGUAACAGUAGGCCUGUAUGCUGCAAAGACCAGCCUACCAUCUCUUGCUGACUGAGCAGCCAAAACUGCCUGCUUUUUGUUUCUUUCUCUCUCUCUGAUUUGUGUGGGGGCUGAACUAUAUCUACUGGAGUGGGAAAGCUGCCUAGCCCUGGCUCUGUGUGGUGGCAUGAAAUGUGAUCAGGAGUGUAUGUGUGGACUGGAUGGUCUGUGAGUGUGUUGGGGGAUGGGUGAAAUGCUGUGGCUGGUUUUACAAACUUCUGUAGAGUAAACUGCCGAAUUCAGCAUUCAGCCCAAAUGCAAGAGAACACUUUACUUCACAGGACUUUACUCAUCAUGGGCUGAUGGACUAUAGCUAGUUAGUUUGGUGUGUGAAGUGAACUGCAAUUUUUUUGUGUGAACUCACUUAUCUAAUGUUUGAGGACAGAUAUCAAAAUAAAAGAGUGAAUUGCGUUUGUUUGGAAAUGGCUGAAUGAUGGGAGUAUGGUAAUGCAUAAUCUUGGAAACCCAGAACUAAAAUCUUGUGUGAUUGAGACUAGGCCUUAGCCAACUCUAAAGAUAUUUAUGCUGAAGGUCCACAAAUGUAGGCUAACUCUUGAAUUUUGUGUGGCUUAGGCUGUGUUAAUGUGAUUUUUUUAAAUUUGAUGUUGGGAGCUCAGAAAAUGGUUUAUGGCCUGUAAGCCCAGGAAACAAACUUUGGGACAUUUUAAUGGUAUGUCCCCGUGCAAGUUUACUUACCCUAAUCAUUUUCAGUGUACACUGUUAAGGGAAAGUUGCUGAAGGGAAGUUCCUGAAGUUUCAAAACAGCCAGGGAAGAACCUAUUCUGCAGUGCCAAUGUUUCCCCAUGUAGCUACCAUUAUAUACAACCUGCUGAUGUAAUCUGACUACGUGUGAUUUGCUCUAUCAUAAUCCGACAUAAAUUGCACUUGCUAAUUCUGAGGUAAAGCUGAUAUGCCUGACCACUUUGUUUGAGAUGCCUAUGAUUUAGGCCUACAUGGCUUUCAACAUGAGGGAGUUGCUAAUUCCUACUCUUACUGCUAUUUUCCUCAUCAGAAAUGAAUGAAACUAUAAACAUGCUAGCUAGCACUCUUUUGCUAGCUAGUUAAGAAGAUAGGUGAUUUGCCAGGAGCAUAUGAGCUGUGACUGGUUGACAGAAUAGCCUACUUUUGUCACUAAGCUUUGGGUGUUUUUCUCCACCACAGCUCAGUGAAACUCCAGUUGUAACAGAGUGACAUUCGAGUGAUUAUGAUGGAACAUUUCUCGCAGUCGACACUUACGUUGAAAAUGUCCAAUCCCUUCCUCUCUUUUUCAGAAUGUACCGUCCUCGCGGCCAACAAUACAAUUCAAGGGACUCCAAGGGGUAAGUAUGUUCACACCUAAAAUCUUCAUUUUGACUUGAGCGCUACAGUACUAUGGGUCAACCCUGUGGCUGGUAGACUGAGUUUUUUUUUAAAGCAACCAUGAAAGGUUGAAUAAGUUAACAUUUGAGUGCUGGUGGUAUAGCCAAGACAUAAGAGAAUUCUGACCACUGUUGUUGAAGACCCAAUGAUUGUCUUGGUUUCAGUGAAAUGCGCAUUUGUUUAGCUACGAGGUGUAUUUGGAGGCUUGUUGCCUAACUCUUGCCACCCCUCUGAAAGCAUCCGGUUAACCCCUGACAACCCGGGCUGUGCACUAUGAAGAGUUGAACUCUCCAAUGUCUCAAGAUCUAUAAAUACUGCUCUGACAGUCUGCAGCUGGGCCCAGAGCACAGGAACCAGACUAGGGUUACAACAUUUCCAUAAAUUCCCUGGUUUUCCCAAUAUCUCGGUUGGAGGAUUCCCGGCCAGGAUUUCUGGAAAACCAGGGAAUUUAUUGAAAGUUCCCAGAAUGUAGCAACCCUAGUCUGGUCCCUGUGCUCUGGGCCCAGCUGCAGACUGUCAACACUCACACUCCCAGCAACUUAGACCUCAAAGAUCUGUCUGUCAUGCAAGCUCACAUUCAUUCAUCUGAGAUCCCAUAACUCAGAUCAGUCUAUAUUGACAGAGGCAAUACACACACACACACACACACACACAUCGCUGUAAAGGGAUAAUGUUACGAGACCAUGAGAAAUGAGGCCCAGUUGAGAAGUGUUUUUACAGAUGGUUUGCUAUUUGGCAUGACUGACUCUGUCACAUUCAAAUAUGAGCAAAAUCUCUUCUCCCCCAACCCGAAGCUAUAGCAAUAGAGCAAAAUGAAUCCCCAUUUCACACCCCCUUUAGAAUGAUUGAAUACUUCCAAGCAAUUCCUCACCCAUGCGUAACGCUUGAGGGCAAAGAGAGGCAUUCCUGGUUUUCUGUGGUUAAAUAUUUAUUUUUGAAAAUUCACUUUCUUUAAUUGUCCUUUUGAUGUGAACCUCACAGCGUAUUAAGAUCCCAAGGACUGACUCUCCGGAUGGAUCUCAGAACUUUGAUUUCUAUCUGUCCAACGUGGGUAAGGACAACCCUCAGGGAAGCUUUGAGUGCAUCCAACAAUAUGUGUCCAGGUAAGCACCCUCUGGAACUAAACAGAGCAUUGCUCGUUACCGAAGACCCAACGUAAAUUGUUGUAAACUGGUUGGUUAACUAGAAUGCAUGUCACUCUGGUGUCAGAAUUUGACCAUGUCAUUGAGCCUUGUCAAUGAGUAAUUGGUUUAAUUGAAUUGGUUCCAAGAUGGAAAAACCCUGUGCUGUAUGACUGAAAUCUCUCCCUAUCCUCUCCAGCUCAGGGACCCCCCACCUGGUGUCCUUGGGGACGGUUCAGGACAAAGUCACGGUGUGUGCCACCAACGACUCCUACCAGGUGACCCGGGACCGCAUGACGCAGGCCGAGGAGGACAGUCGCAAACGGGGGACCAAGGUCCUCAAGCCUGGGGGCCAGUUCAGAGGCAAGUUCCAUGCACUAAUCUACCCCCCAACAGUAGUCUUCUCACAGGCAGGUUCCCACUACUCCAAAAUGGCUUGGUUUUCAUAUCCUCCUCUCUUUUUGAACCAUUGAUUCUCUGAAGAACUACCUUGGUCAAAAGCAAUGGAACUUAAAGCCCACUUUUCCAUUGUUUGUGCCUGGUGGUUACACAAGGUGACGGAAGGAGGCUAUUUAUGAAUAUUGACACGCAGUCUGCCAACACAGCCAUAUCUGGGUUAAAGUUGCACUCUCCAAAUAGUGCUAAUUUAACAACAACCCUGGCCUAUAGCCCAACUUUCUCCCAUCACACACACACACACCCACACACAUCAACACCUGUAAACCAAUUGUCUUGGCUUUCUAAUACACUGCAACUGGAUUGAGGUCGGGCAAGUGGAAAAGUAAAAGUUACUCUCGGGCUAAUCUAAUUUGGGUCUCCGCUCUCUCACGGUCUCCCGUCCCGUCUGGCCGGUGGAGAUACGAGGGAGAUGGAGAUUGAGAGUGUGCAAUGUAACAGCUCAGUGUUGAUGUAACUGGUCAUGCCAAAUCUGCCUCCGCUGACUUGGGACUCAGUUCUCCCACAGCAGACAACCAUAUACUGAGCUUCACUGGCAAAUAGUUAAUUUUCUUGCCCCAUAAAGCAACAUCAGAGGUUUGGUGUCACCUUAAUGGUCCGUUUGCUACCAGCUAUAGAACUGUAAAAGAUGUGUGUUCCCCAUAGAUGUCUUUAUAUCUGAUAUAUUAGAGUAUAAAUCUGUCUUGUUCUCACAACAGUGUAUGGUAACGAUCAUGGAGAGGGUGGAGUAGGGCUCUAUAAAAUCUGCGAUGCGGACGGAAUCACGGAAUCCAGAAAUUAAAACGGAAUUCAAAAAUUUAUUUUUAUUGAACUCCUAAAUAUAUUGAACUGAUUUCGAAAAUGUAUUAAUUUGCCCAAAAUUAUAAGACAUGAACAAAAUAUAUAAUUUGUAUUUUCCUUCAUCUUUCUCAAGAGGCAACAGUGCGGAAAUGCCCCUCUCUGUGGGUGCAUUUGUAUAACACUUUGUGUAGCCAUUAGCAAUUAUGCUAAUGACAACCGUUUUCUGGUAGAUGGAAAUGCUCCUCAAUUAAAUUUUACAUUUACAUACAAAGUAGUCUAUCUGGCAGAAUGAUAUCAUGAUUAUUUGCAUCAAUCCAGUGGUGAUUUCUUUAGCAAACUGCAAUCACAUAUUUGCUACAGAAACACCUCUAACCAAGCAAGUCUCUUGCUGGUGCACACUUGAAUUAAAGGGCAUCUACACCCAAAAAAGUAUUUAUUCAAUUUUUUUCCCAGACCUCAAAAGUGGUCUCCGGAUGUGGUUUAAUCGUUGUUGGGGACUUAGAACAUCAUCAAUUGUUUUUUUCUAUAAUAAAAAAACAAAUUGUGAUUUUGACAGCGAAAACCUGAAAAACAGGGAAAAAAAAUCUGAAACCUGUAAAAACGAAAUAGAGAAAAAAACUUAAUUUUGGGGAAAACUGAAUUGGGCAAAAAACUAAACAGAUUUUAUAGGGCCCUAGUGGAGGGGGGGAUGUUCAGGGCUUGUCCACGGUUACCCGUAGAAAUAAAGUUCCCGUUAUCUACAUAUAAAUUGGUAUUGUUGUCUAACAUAAUUCAUUGGGGUUGCGUUUUUUCUCAACAGGAAGCACAUUCUUAUCUUUGGUGGGAGGUUUAUUCUUCUACCUCUAGGACCACUCUGGAACUAUAGUUGACUGCAGGAAUCCCUGAAAUCUGCUUUACUAGUCGUGGCUCUGAACUUAAAGUCCCACUCACUAAGAAACUUAAAAUCAGUUAAACCCUCUUUCGGUGUAUUUCCUGCCAAUGGGGAUUCAUUUGCAUACAACGGCCCAGAUGGAAACUGAGAGGGGAGCAGAGGAAAGGGGUGGAGUUUGGGCAUGUAACAACUGGCUCAGUAGAAGCACCCUAUUUAACAUUAGCAAAAUGAGACCUAACCUUCAUUUAUCUUGUGUGUUUAUGCUAUGUCAGUUAGGUAUAUUGGUCUGGGACCCUAUACAGUGUUUGUCAUAAAUAAGAUCCAAUUUACUUGAUGCCAUUCAGAGUUUAGUACACUAAACGUGUCAUUCUGGUAGCAAACCAACAGACCUGCUGUGUGGUCUUCAUCUCCCACUGUAAGUUCACCAUAUAGACUCACUAGGCUGGCCAAAUGCUGCAGGCAAAGCUCAUUCGCAGCUGAUGCACGCAUCAUACAUGCCUCAGUCUCUCACCAGGCUGAGACAGCAAAAAUGUGUGGAUGGUUUGUGUGCUUAGAGAUCUCUCGCAGUCUAUCAGCAUUUGCCCAGACGAAGGGAAGCGGGGGCAGACGAGAGUACACGUUUCUCUCUAACCUUAAUCUCUUAAAGAGCUUUUAGAUUUUCAUGAUCACUGAGAGCAGUAUGGAGAAAUGUCAAAGCAUCCUGACUAAGCAGAAGCCUAAUGAGCUGGGGGACAGAUUCUCUGUAGCCUCUUAAUGAUAUUUACAUUGGGAACUCAGUCUCUUCAAAUCAGCCUUAUAUGAUACAACUUGUACUAGUAGCGCACAGUUAGUUCAACUUCAAUCCACAUACAAUUCCGAACACAAAAUGGUUGCCUAAUGACUUUGACCCUCUAGGGUUCCAAGUCUCUGCUGGCUUUUGUCCUUAUCUUUCAGUCAGUAUCUAAUAACCCUAUAACAAUGUUGUCAUGUUGAUAAAAAAAUGUAAUUGUGGGAUUGACAGCAAGCGACAUAGCUGCUAGUUAGUUAGUCGUUUCUGCUGAAAACUCAAUUCUGAGGUAUUAGCAAGAAAACAUCUAAUUGGAUCAUUUAAUUAUCAGAGAAACAAAAACUGAUCAAAUAAAUCCAUUUCUCGUCUACGCCUUCCUCACCCCUCUCUAACAUCAGGUAAGAAAGUCCAGAUCCGCAAGCCAGCGCCGUCAGGCUCCGAACCAGUUGCGGAGCGCAAACGCUCCACCCCUAUCAACCCAGCCAACACCAUCCGCAAGUGCCUUGCCAACAACCCGGUGUCCCAGCGGCCGUACCGCGACCGCCUCGUCCACCUGCUGGCGCUGCGCUCCUACAAGAAGCUGGAGCUACUGGCCAGACUGCAGCGGGACGGGGUCAGCCAGAAGGACCGCAGCUCUCUGGGGAGCACCCUGCAACAAGUAAGGCUAGUGCCCUGCAACGAGUAAGGCUAGUGCCCUGCAACGAGUAAGGCUAGUGCCCUGCAACGAGUAAGGCUAGUGCCCUGCAACGAGUAAGGCUAGUGCCCUGCAACGAGUAAGGCUAGUGCCCUGCAACGAGUAAGGCUAGUGCCCUGCAACGAGUAAGGCUAGUGCCCUGCAACGAGUAAGGCUAGUGCCCUGCAACGAGUAAGGCUAGUGCCCUGCAACGAGUAACAGAGAGAGGGAGGAGGAUAGCAUUUUAUUAUUGGUUUCAGAUGUAACCUGUGGGGAGAAGGGGCCAACACAGCUACAGAGCCCUCACUGAAAAUGGUAGGGGAACACAUUAGUGCUGAAAAUUAGUUUCUAAUCACUGUUUUCAGUUUCACUUUUUUUUUUUUUACAUGCGCUAUGCAAUAUGUGGGUUGAAUGCUGUAACACAGAAUAAAAUAAUUAAUAAAAGUCCCAUAAUGGUAGUGAUUGCCCAUUACAUGAUCACUUAUUAACCAUAAUUUAUUCACUUGAAUAAGUUGUGUAUAUUACAUUUUUGUUUUAUUUGAUCACUUUCAUUCCAAGUCAUCUCAUCUCUAUAGAGCUGCUGUCUAUGCUGUCCAGCAAAAUCAUUAUUUGAGAAGUUUCUUCAAAGUUAUUAAGGCAUACUUUUAUGACUGCUGAAUACCAACUAUCAAUCACUUGCAGUAGAUCAUGUAUUUUCAGGUAGAGAUACCUCGCAAAGCAACUGCUCUCGAGUUAAUAUCCAUCUCGAUCAUGCAUUCUUCUCUCUAAUUUAGCAUGCGUAAAAGAAACAGACUGGACAAGUAGGUGCGCAAUGGAUUAUGGUCAUUGUAGUUAAUUACCAUGUUUUCUGUGCUAAACUAUGUUCACUAUUGGCCUAUUGGAAACUACAACGCCCUACUACAUCGCACAGUUCGGGUUGAUCUUAUCUCUAGAGAAACUGCGCAUUUUGCUCACAGAAAAAAACUGAACAAAAUGAAAUUCGAAUGAUUGAACCGAUGUCGGUCAAUUAGUUGUUUUAAAAACCGAUGUCUGUUAAUCGCUCAGCACUAGAACACAUAGACAAGAUGGUUUAGCAGAGCUAAAAUAUAUAAUACGUGGAUAUAAAGGGAUUCCUUAAUAUGCACUUAAGGUCAUAGAUAUUUCUUUCAAGUAUGAGUAACUGGUAGCACUGUGCAUGAGAAGACAAAUGUCCCUGUUUGCCCCUAGGACUCUUCACCCUUCUUAGGCGUUAGACCACAGAAUGCAAAUCACUGAGAGGACCUGUUCCCUGUAAUACAAAGACCUUCAUUCACCACUACUGAACAUAGCACACAGCAAGAAUCAAGCAGCUAUACAUUAAAGCCAUUAGUCUUAUACACAUACACACACACAUACCAAGCACGCACACAUUUAUAGAUGACAUACUCAAACUGGUUGUCUGACUACAAUGCUAACUACCCCAUGCUUGGGGUACAUAAAAAAACAACACACAGACUUGCUUGGGGAUUUGCAUAAUGUUGUGAUUGAGAAUAGAGAUGCUGGGUUUGACAAUGAAAUGCUAGUUAAAUGCACUGACUUUAUACCCAGGUUGACGCAAGUAGGGCAGGCACUAACAGAAAGUCUUUAACUCUUAGGAUUUGGUUGACUCAAGUAAAAAGAGACAAAAGUAGUACAAGCGGUUGUAUUUGUUGCUUUUAAUGCUCCCAAAUUAUUGGACGACUACAAAAUUAGACGCUGCUGAUCUUGUUCGUGUGUUUGUCCGCAGGUGGCCAACCUGAACCCCAAAGAUAACUCUUACUCUCUGAAGGACUUUGUAUACCGCGAUGUGCAGAGGGACUGGCCGGGCUACUCCGAGGAUGACCGCGUUCAGGUCAACGGGAUCUUGGUCCGGUAGGUCACAAUGCAUUUCUGUGUAAACAUUUUGCGACAUUGCACCCUCCUGAACAGGCCCCUCCAUUUAUUGCAAACGGGACCUCAUGUAGUGAUGGUGUAGCAUCUGCUUACGGUCAGUUGUCCUUCUCAUCUGCCCUCUUUCUCUCAGGAAACUGGGACUUCCCACUGAGACACUUUCCUCCAGCAGUCCUCCCAAAGAUGGCCUCCCGGCUUCCCCACAGGUAACCCCUCAACAGUACACCUUGCUGGACGCAAACACUUUCAGUAUUACUUGCACAAACCAGCAUGUAAGCCAACAGACAAGCCAAACUGGAUGACCAGGCCUCUCCUGUAAAGAGAGAUUUUAUCUCAAACCUAUUCAAUGAAUUGUUUACUAAGGUCAAAAGGAAUCAUCUGUCCUUUUUAUAACUCAAUCAACAUAGAAAUCCUUGUUUGAUGGUUUGGUUAUGGUCUUUUAGCAGAAGUGCCAGCCAGAGUUGCCGGUUCACUUCACCGACCCACUGAUGCCCAAGAAGCCCCGCAUCUCCCAUGUCACCAGCCAAGGGCCCCCCGCCACCCCAACUCCCAUUCCCACCUCGUCCUCUAGAGAGCGCCGCGGCCCCCCGAAGGAGGACGACAGCCACCACAGCGCCGCUGCCACCACCACCACAAAGCGCUCGUCUCUCCCAGCCAGCAGCACCACCACGGCUGGCCCGCCCAUCAACCACCACCACCUCCCCCCUCCCUCCCAGCUCCCGGUUUCUCACCGCCCUCCCCCGUCGCAUCAGCCUGGCCCGGGCUCCAACUCCAACUCGCCCAGCACACCUGAGGGCCGUGGCACCCAGGACCUGCCCCUGGACCAGAGCUCCACCUGCCUGGACCCCUCCUCCUCCUCACCGAUAGCCACCUCCAGCCCCCCGGGCAGGACCGCUAACCGCUAUGGCCCCCGCAUGCCGCCACCGGCCAGCUCCAGUCCCCAAAGCCACCCAGCCCUCACCACCAUCUCCACUUCAUCAUCCAUCCUCUACCAUUGUCCCCCCUCCCUCGCCAAGCAGUAGCAAGAAGUCCAAGAAAAAGUCCAAGAAGCACAAAGAGAAGGACCGCGAGAAAGAGAAAGAGGGGCGCAAGGAUGGGCGACGCAGUACAGGCGAUGGCCGUGGUGUCAGCCCCCGAGGGGUGCCGGUUGAGGACGCUCAGAGGCCCAGAAAGAGACACCGCACCAAGGGGGAGGAGAGACAAACGCCAGUCAUCCCCGCCAAGAGCCCAGUCUGCCCGGACGAAGGUAGUCUCCCUUAAUGUCUUGGUUUGGCUUCAUGCUUGAAAGCAUUGUUUAAAAGGGAAAUGUGUGCUUGCUUAUUAGCGUGCGUGGCCUGAUUGCCAAAGGUCUUGUUUUCAAGUAAUGUAGUGGUCGCUUUCAAACGUCAGGAAAAAAAACAAAAAACACUGCCAAUCCAUGGUUUUGUAAUGCCAGCAAUGCAUUACUGCAUUGGAUAACCAGGCAUUGACUGAUGCAUUGAAAGUGUAUACAUGCUAGGAAAGGGCAAAGUGUGUGCAUGCUUUGAACAUGAUGGGAUGCUUGCAUUGCAUUGUGUGAGUUGGAGCAUGUAUCUCGGUUGUAUGUACAGUACCAGUCAAAAGUUUGGACACACCUACUCAUUGAAGGGUUUUUCUUUAUUUUUACUAUUUUCUACAUUGUAGAAUAAUAGUGAAGACAUCAAAACAAUGAAAUAACACAGAUUGAAUUACGGAAUAACCAGAAAAGUGUUAAACAAAUCAAAAUAUAUUUUAGUUUCUUCAAAGUAGCCACCCUUUGCCUUGAUGACAGUUUUGCACACCCUUGGCAUUCUCUCAACCAGCUUGACCUGGAAUGUUUUUCCAACAGUCUUGAAGGAGUUCCCACAUAUGCUGAGCAUUUGUUGGCUGCUUUUCCUUCACUCUGCGGUCCGACUCAUCCCAAACCAUCUCAAUUGGGUUGAGGUCGGGUGAUUGUGGAGGCCAGGUCAUCUGCUGCAUCACACUCCUUCUUGGUCAAAUAGCCCUUACACAGCCUGGAGGUGUGUUUUGGGUCGUUGUCCUGUUGAUAAACAAAUGAUAGUCCCACUAAGCGCAAACAAGAUGGGAUGGCGUAUCGCUGCAGAAUGCUGUGGUAGCCAUGCUGGUUAAGUGUGCUUUGAAUUCUAAAUAAAUCACUGACAGUGUCACCAGCAAAGCACCAUCACACCUCUUCCUCCAUGCUUCACGGUGGCAACCACACAUGCGGAGAUCAUCCGUUCACCUACUCUGCGUCUCACAAAGACACGGUGGUUGGAACCAAAAAUCUCAAAUUUGGACUCAUCAGACCAAAGGACAGAUUUCCACCGGUCUAAUGUCAAUUUCUCGUGUUUCUUGGCCCAAGCAAGUCUCUUCUUCUCAUUGGUGUCCUUUAGUAGUGGUUUCUUUGCAGCAAUUCCACCAUGAAUGCCUGAUUCACGCAGUCUCCUCUGAACAUUUGAUGUUGAGAUGUUACUUGAACUCUGUGAAGCAUUUAUUUGGGUUGCAAUCUGAGGUGCAGUUAAUUGCACAUUUCUGAGGCUGGAAACUCUAAUGAACUUAUCCUCUGCAGCAGAGGUAACUCUGGGUCUUCCUUUCCUGUGGUGGUCCUCAUGAGAGCCAGUUUCAUCAUGGUGCUUGAUGGUUUUUGCGGCAGCACUUGAAGAAACUUUCAAAGUUCUUGAAAUAUUCCGGAUUGACUGACCUUCAUGUCUUAAAGUAAUGAUGAAUUGUUGUUUCUCUUUGCUUAUUUGAGCUGUUCUUGCCAUAAUAUGGACUUGGCUUUUACCAAAUAGGGCUAUCUUCUACCUUGUCACACCACAACUGAUUAGCUCAAACGCAUUAAGAAGGAAAUAAAUUCCACAAACUAACUUUUAACAAGGCACACCUGUUCAUUGAAAUCCAUUCCAGGUGACUACGUCAUGAAGCUGGUUGAGAGUGCCAAAAGUGUACAAAGCUGUCAUCAAGGCAAAGGGUGGUCACUUUGAAGAAUCUUUUUUGAUUUAAUGCUUUUUUUGGUUACUUAAUGAUUCCAUAUAUGUUAUUUCAUAGUUGUGAUGUCUACACUAUUAUUCUACAAUGUAGAAAAUAGUAAAAAUAAAGAAAAACCCUGGAAUGAGUAGGUGUGUCUAAACUUUUGACUGGUACUGUACAUACAGUGAGGUCAAAGGAUUUGGACAGUGACACAUGUUUUGUUGGUUUGUCUCUGUACUCCAGCAUUUUGGAUUUGAAAUGAUGCAAUGACUGAGGUUAAAGUGCAGACUAAUCUUUAAUUUGAGGGUAUUUUCAUCCAUAUCGGGUGAACCGAUUUAUAAAUUACAGCACCUUUUGUACAUACAUUCCCCCAUUUUAGGGAACCAAAAGUAUUUGGACAAAUUCACUUACACUGAGUGUACAAAACAUUAAUAACUCUUUCCAUGACAUAGAUUGACCAAGGUGAAUGCUAUGAUCCCUUAUUGAUCUCACUUGUUAAAUCCACUUCAAUCAGUAUAGAUGAAGGGGAGGAGUUAGGUUAAAGAAGGAUUUUUAAGCCUUGAGACAAUUGAGACAUGGAUAGUGUUGUGUGCCAUUCAAUAUUAGGAAGGUGUUCUUAAUGUUUUGUACACUCGGUGUAUAUGUGAAUUAACGUAGUCAAGUUUAAUAUUUGGUCCCAUAUUCCUAGCACGCAAUGACUACAUCAAGCUUGUGACUCUUCAAACUUGUUGGAUGUAUUUGCAGUUUGUUUUGGUUGUUUCAGAUUAUGUCGUAUCCAAUAUGAAAUGAACGGUAAAUCAUGUACUGUGUCAUUUUGUAGUCACUUUUAUUGUAAAUUAAGAAUAUAAUGUUUUUGAACACCUUCUAUAUUAAUGUGGAUGCUACCAUGAUUACAGAUAACCCUGAAUGAAUCGUGAAUAAUGAGUGAGAAAGUUGGAGGCACAAAGAUCAUACCCCCCAAGACAUGUUAACCUCACAAUUACCAAUAACGGGAGGUUAGCAUUUAUUGGGGGGGUUUGAUAUUUAGUAUGUAGUAUUUAUUAUAUUUAGAAUAUGAUAUUAAGGUUGGCAAAUAAUGGACUGCCCUGAGCAGCAGACUCAGAAAUCAGUCCAUGGGUUCCGUUUGACUCUUUGUUCUGCCUUUAAACAACUGUUUCAAGACCAGUACUUUUGAAUAGCUCAUACUUUUUAAGGGUACUACUAGUGAAGAGAGCUGUUCAGAUGUCAGUUGGUUAUAUAGAAUAAUCGUCUGACGUGUGUCUUUGCUGCUCCCCAGACACUAAAGAGAGGCCAGUCCACUCAUCAGACCUAUCCUCCACCACUGUGAUGCCAGAUUACAUAGGGUGAGUGCUACCCCCUUUUUACUUAUUUACGUAAUACUCUUUGUUCCUAUGUGGGACAUAAGGCUUCCACAAAAGACCACCACUGCUACCAACCAUCAGCCUUUUGGGGGAUGGUAUUGCCUUUUACCCCUCUCAAAUACACUUGAAGGACCCUGUGUGUUAAUGUGUCCUCAUCACUGUCCUGUGCUGCUGUCCCCGUACAGGAAGUACACGGCAGUGGUGUCUAUGGACCAGAGGCAGACUUACAAGGACGAAUUCAACGCCGAGUACGAGGAGUACCGCGUCCUGCAUGCCCGCGUGGAGAACAUCACCCGCCGCUUCAACCAUCUAGACACCCAGUCCAGGAGGCUGCCGCCCGGCACCAAAGAGUACCAGGUCAGAUUAUAACAAGCUACACCACAGAAUACAAGGAUAAAAUAUUACAAACUACACCACCAGGUCAAAUUAUAAUAAACUACACCAAAGAGUACCAGGCCAGAUUUUACCAAACUUCACCACAGUGUAAUGCUGCAUUCACGUGCUCGUCGGAAGUGCAACACUUCCCAAUAAGGAAGUCGUAAGUCCGACAUGAUUUUGUUCAAGUGCUUUUGAAGUCGGAACAAUUGUUCUACCAAUUCGAUUUUAGCUAGCUAGAUAAGAUGGCUAACCUUGCUAAUAAUAAAGUUAGCUAGCUUGCAUUGACACUAUGGUCAAACUAGCUACAUUAUCCACAUUGAUAAGUUUGUAAUUGUCAAACUGAUAUGUCAUCUUUUUGUUUAAAAGGUGAAAGGUCAGUGGUGAAACAUCGCAACUCGGGUAACAACAUUUUCUCAGAGUUUUCCACUAGUAAUUACUACUUGGAGGGUCGUUCAAGUGAAACGUCCCAGUCUGAAUUUCGUAUUGCCGAUAACUCUGACAGCACGUGAACGCACCAUUAGUAUCAGGUCAAAGUAUAACAAACUACACCACAGAGUACCAUGUCAGAUUAAACAUUGUUUUAUGGUAAAAUGUCACUGGAACACAUUUUUCUCAUGUAAAUGAAAGCAUUGUUUAAACUUUUGCAGGAAGUACAUGAAGAAGUGUUGCAGGAGUACAAUAAAAUGAGAGAAGUAAGUAAAACAAAUAAUGCAGUAUACACUAAACAAAAAUAUAAAUGCAACAUGCAAACAUUUCUAAGAUUUUACUGAUUUUACAGUUCAUAUAAGGAAAUCAGUCAAUUGAAAUAAAUUCAUUAGUCCCUGGUCUAUGGAUUUCACAUGACUGGGAAUACAGAUAUUAAUCUGUUGGUCACAGAUACCUUUAAAAAAAAGUAGGGGCGUGGAUCAGAAAACCAGUCAGUAUCUGGUGUGACCACCAUUUGCCUCAUGCAGAGAGACACAUCUCCUUCGCAUAGAGUUGAUCAGGCUGUUGAUUGUGGCCUGUGGAAUGUUGUCCCGAUCCUCUUCAAUGGCUGUGCGAAGUUGCUGGAUACUGGCGGGAACUGGAACACGCUGUCGUACACGAUGAUCCAGAGCAUCCCAAACAUGGCCAGUGGGUGACAUGUCUGGUGAGUAUACAGACCAUCAAAGAACUGGGACAUUUUCAGCUUUGGGGCCGUACAUUAUCAUGCUGAAACAAGAGGUGAUGGUGGUGGAUGAAUGGCACGACAAUGGGCCUCAGGAUUUCGUCACGGUAUCUCUGUGCAUUCAAAUUGCCAUUGCUAAAAUGCAAUUUUGUUCAUUGUCCGUAGCUUAUGCCUGCCCAUACCAUAACAACACCGCCACCAUGGGGCACUCUGUUCACAACGUUGACAUCAGCAAACUGCUCGCCCACACGUCUGCCAUCUGCCCGUUACAGUUGAAACCGGGAUUCAUCCGUGAAGAGUACACUUUUCCAGCGUGCCAGUGGUCAUCGAAGGUGAGCAUUUGCCAACUGAAGUCAGUUACUACGCUGAACUGCAUUCGGGUCAAGACCCUGGUGAGGACGACGAGUACGCAGAUGACCUUCCCAGAGAAGGUUUCUGACAGUUUGUACAGAUCCUGGGCUUGCAUGGUUACAUGUGGUCUGCGGUUGUGAGGCCGGUUGGAUGUAAUGCCAAAUUCUCUAAAACGACUCUGGAGGCGGCUUAUGGUAGAGAAAUGGACAUUAAAUUAUCUGGCAACAGCUCUGGUGGACAUUCCUGCAGUCAGCAUGCCAAUUGCACGCUCCCUCAACUUGAGACAUCUGUGGUGUUGUGUGACAAAACUGCACAUUUCAGUGGCCUUUUAUUGUCCCCAGCACAAGGUGCACCUGUGUAAUGAUCAUGCUUUUUAAUCAGCUUCUUGAUAUGCCACACCUGUCAGGUGGAUGGAUUAUCUUGGCAAAGAGAAAUCCUCACUAACAGGGAUGUAAACAAAUUUGUGCACGGAAUUUGAGAGAAAUAAGCUUUUUGUGCAUAUGGAACAUUUCUGUGAUCUUUUAAUUCAGCUCAUGAAACAUGGGACCAACACUUUACAUGACACUAAUCGCUAGCUAUGUACAGUUGAAGUCGGAAGUUUACAUACACUUAGGUUGGAGUCAUUCAAACUCGUUUUUCAACCACUCCACAAAUUUCUCGGUUAGGACAUCUACUUUGUGCAUGACACAAGUAAUUUUUCCAACAAUUGUGUACAGACAGAUUAUUUCACUUAUAAUUCACUAUCACAAUUCCAGUGGGUCAGAAGUUUACAUACACUAAGUUGACUGUGCCUUUCAACAGCUUGGAAAAUUCCAGAAAAUGUCAUGGCUUUAGAAGCUUCUGAUAGGCUAAUUGACAUCAUUUGAGUCAAUUGGAGGUGUACCUGUGGAUGUAUUUCAAGGCCUACCUUCAAACUCAGUGCCUCUUUGCUUGACAUCAUGGGAAAAUCAAAAGAAAUCAGCCAAGACCUCAGAAAAAAUUUUUUAGACCUCCACAAGUCUGGUUCAUCCUUGGGAGCAAUUUCAAACGCAUGAAGGUACCACGUUCAUCUGUACAAACAAUAGUAUGCAAGUAUAAACACCAUGGGACCACGCAGCCGUCAUACCACUCAGGAAGGCGACGCGUUCUGUCUCUUAGAGAUGAACGUACUUUGGUGCGAAAAGUGAAAAUCAAUCCCAGAACAACAGCAAAGGACGUUGUGAAGAUGCUGGAGGAAACGGGUACAAAAGUAUCUAUAUCCACAGUAAAACGAGUCCUAUAUCGACAUAACCUGAAAGGCCGCUCAGCAAGGAAGAAGCCACUGCUCCAAAACCGCCAUUAAAAAAGCCAGACUACGGUUUGCAACUGCACAUGGGGACAAAGAUUGUACUUUUUUAAGAAAUGUCCUCUGGUCUGAUUAAACAAAAAUAGAACUGUUUGGCCAUAAUGACCAUCGUUAUGUUUGGAGGAAAAAGGGGGUGGCUUGCAAACCAAAGAACACCAUCCCAACCGUGAAGCACGGGGGUGGCAGCAUAAUGCUGUGGGGGUGCUUUGCUGCAGGAGGGACUGGUGCACUUCACAAAAUAGAUGGUCGUCAUGAGGAAGGAAAAUUAUGUGGAUAUAUUGAAGCAACAUCUCAAGACAUCUGUCAGGAAGUUAAAGCUUGGUCGCAAAUGGGUCUUCCAAAUGGACAAUGACCCCAAGCAUAAAUGGACAAUGACCCCAAGCAUAAAUGGACAAUGACCCCAAGCAUACUUCCAAAGUUGUGCCAAAAUGGCUUAAGGACAACAGCUGUCCAGUCUUAGUCAGCGCAGGGCGGCCGCCAACAAAAGCAAGCAUUCUGUACACCAAAAACGUUAUAAAUGGCUUUCUAAAGUAACAUAUUAUGGAGUCUAAUUUCUUUGUGUGUGUCACCCUGCAGCACAGCCCAAACUACCAGGUGGAGAAGCAGCGCUGCGAGUACCUGCACAACAAGCUGGCCCACAUCAAGCGCCUCAUCGCUGACUUUGACCAGCGCAGGGCCCAGUCCUGGCGCUAGAGCACCAGCUUCAAGACCACUGUGUUGAGGUGGUUUAAGGGGUGGGUGGGCAGCGCAAGGGGGAUCCAACUGGCUUUUAUUUAUUCAGACCCCUUUGCCACCGCUUCCUUCCUUUACCCUUUCUUUCUACCUUUGAUUCCACAGGCUGCGUACUGUAGCCUCCUGCAAUCUUCAAGUUCUUAUUCACUGCCCCCCACUCCCCUACCUUUUCUCGUAUUGGUUUCUCCUGAAGCUCCUCUCCAUUUCUACAACACUGGUCUAGAGGAAAGGAGCUAUGUGUGAGGGGGUAGGGUGAAAUACUUAACUCUUCUUGCCUUUUUGAAGGACUUAUCCCUAAAAAUGAACAACAAAAAUUAAACUUAUUUUUGAAAGCAGAGAAAAUAUUAUACUUACACUUGUAUUUAAGUAUAUAAAAAGAGGGAGAUCUAUUUAUUUUGGACUGUUAUGAUGGAGGAGCGGUCCCCAGAUUUAUUGUUUAAAAAGUUUAUCUUUUCCAAAAGCAAUGCAAAAAAACGUGGGCCUUAUGUGUUUGACUUUCUGAAGCAAUUUUGCACGUGAGAGGAGAUCCCAUGCUGCGCCCCAGUUGUCCAAAGUGGGUCAUCUCC